AUAUAUUGAAUGAAACUUGAGAAUAUUGAAUGAAAGUCUAAAGUGGAUAUUGCGAAUAUGCUUUAAGGCAGUUUGCAGACACCUGUGACAGUACAACGUUUUUACAGUGGCUAUGGCAGCAGCUGAAAUACUUCAGUACUUUCUUGGGUUGGAAGAUUUUUUUGCAACUGUUGAUCAUACUCCAAGGGACACAAACCGUCUGGAGUACAUAUCCCGUCACCUUGAGGAUCAUAUUUCCAUUAUUGGAGCAUUCUUACUGGCUAUGAGUAAUCGUGUUCAACAAAACAAUGCCGAAAGAACAUUAUGCAUUAUUCUUGAAGGAAUCCAUGACUCUAUGAAUGAAAUGUUGGAUGACAUAACUCUUGGUGCCAUCAGACAAGUAGAUGGCAUCAUCGCACAGGCAGCAUCUCGCCGAGGAAGGCCAAGGUACAACAUAUCAGCGUCUCAGCUGACUCACAUGCGUGAAUUAGGAUUUAGCUGGAUGGCCAUAUCUCGAGUGCUAUCUGUGAAUAUUCGAACACUGUACAACCACAGGAUACAGCUGGGACUUUUGGACUAUGGGAGUUUCAGCAACAUUUCCAAUGCUGCUCUUGAUCAUCUUAUAACAGAGGUUCUAAGACAAACCCCUGGGUCAGGAGAGACCUACAUCACUGGUAGCCUGAGAGGGAGAGCAAUCAGAGUUCAGAGGUGGCGGAUUCGAGAGCGGCUACGAAUAAUAGAUCCAGUGGGAAGAGCAUUAAGACAUAGAAGGGCGAUUCAGCGGAGGAUCUAUGAUGUCUGUGUCCCUAACCAACUCUGGCAUGUUGAUACAAACCACAAGUUAAAUCCAUGGGGAUUUGUUUUGCAUGGAGGAGUGGAUGGAUACAGUCGCUGCAUUACCCACCUCAGAUGUGUCACAGACAACACAGCAGCAACUGCUUUGCAACUUUUUCUGGAUGCUGUCAGUCAAUAUGGACUCCCCCAUCAUGUCAGGGGUGACGCUGGUAGUGAGAACAUGCACAUUGCACGAUUUAUGAUUGAGAAUCGUGGUGGAAACAGAGGUAGUUUCAUGGUUGGGCGGAGUGUACAUAACCAGAGAAUAGAAAGACUGUGGAGAGAAGUGAACAGGGUAGUGUCAGCAUACUUUAAAGGCCUUUUCCUCUUCAUGGAAAAUGUUGGACUUCUAGAUAGCACAGACCCACUUCACAUUAGGGCUCUACACCAUAUUUAUCUUCCACGAAUAAACAGAUCUGUGGAUGAGUUUAAAAACCAGUGGAACCACCACAGCUUGAGAACAAUGGAAAACAGGUCGCCACUACAACUGUGGACAGUUGGAAUGUUGCAGCUUCCUCAACAUCAAAGACAACCACAUGUUGUGCAAAUGCAACACCCUCAUGCUCUCCAGCAUCAAGACACUGUGCUAAGGCGAAUUAAUCCCUUGAUUGAUGAUAGAAAUCAUGGGAUAGAACUUUUUAUUGCAGCAUGUCAUUUACUUCAAAUAAAUCCAUAAUCCAUGUACUUCUGCAUUACAUGUUUAUACUCCAAUUGUAAUUAGGAGUUUUUCUCCUUGAGAAUGAAAGUCUGACAGCAGUUGAUGUUUAGUGCAAUUAAAUGUCAUUUAUUUGUAAAAUUGUGACCCUAGUUACACUGUAAUCAUGCCUAAGAAUGCCUACUCCAAACAAGGUCUUAGAACAAAAAUAAAUCUUGUGAAUUACAGGACCUUGUGAUCAUUCUGUGACUUGAUCUGGUUUCGAACUGUCAGAUUACUAGUCAAAUUUUAAACAGGCAGUGUUAUAUUUUAAGCCCAAAUUUACAGUGCACUUAUUCCAAUACAAUUCUAAGAGAAACGAAAAGAACGGUAACAUAUACAAAGUCAGAACAGUUUAUUAAAAUAGAACCUUUGUGCAAAAUACAAAUACAGGCCAACAUGAAUUUCAGCCAGAUAACCAGACCUUGGCUACAUUUAAAGGUCAAUUUUCACUAAACUAAUUAAUACUGUGUGACUUGAGAUGGCAUAACAUUUUUAAUGUAACAGUUAGUUUUAAAGGCUGUAUUAUAUACCUUCAC